AGUGUACAACGUGCCCGUUUGUUUUGCGGUUCCGUCUGGGGUGAGAGGAGGGUGGAGAUGGUGGUGAUGGAGGGGAGGGGGAGCUAACAAGCCCGGACAUAUCCAUCCCGCAGCAUCCCGUCGUGUUGUCCUGCUCUUUCCAGCUACCAUCUUAAACCGAAUAUACAUGAAAUGACAUCAGAGGGAAUGUUAAUUGUGUCUCUUUAUUUACACGGGAAAAGGCAGAGCUCUCCGACGGUGGAUGGGAACGUCCCCGUCGGAUAUUUACAGUUGCGGCUAACCGCUGCUAGCUUGGUGCGGGGCUCGCUUUGCUUAGCGGCCGGUUGGGCUGCCUUGCUAGUCCCGCAGUGCAGCGACCGGCUGGGGCGUGUGUGGCAGGCAGCAAAUAGCAGCUCGUCGGCAUGUUUUCCAGCAGUUUAGCGGGCGAAUGUAAUCCAGCGUCGACCUUGAAAGUUCUAACGAGAUGACAUGUUAUUUAUAGCUAGCGGGCUGCUCAGGUGUGCGUGUGUGUGUGUGUGUGUACGCGCGUGAGUGAUCACUAACUAACGUCGUACUACGCCUUUAAAAAUCCACGCUAAUUAUCUCCAUUAUGAAUCGCCUUCUAGCGAGCAGCGUUUAAGAAAAUGCUCAAAACGACACCGUCCCGUUUACGUUCCUGUGAACGACAAUUGGCAAGAGGUAGCAUCCUCCGUUGAAAACAAUGGGAAGCGUUAGCAUCGAGCUAGCUGCGGCGGCCUCAUUCCUUUUGGUAUUCUCAAUUAAAUCUCAGCAAACAAAUAUAUAGCAAGUGUUGGGCAACACUGAUUUUAUCUCCUUAUAUGUGAAAAUAGGGCGACGCAUCAGCCUCAAAGUUCUGAGGGUGGGGGUUCAAAUCUGUUUUGGACGUUCUCCUGGUGCUUGUUUUCCCCGUCUCAUUCUCAAUAAGUACUGUACUGUACUACUAAUGAAGCACUCGAUGUAGAAUCUUGUGAUUUUAUGAUAAUAUACUUGUCUAGCAGUUUUCAAGUAGUGCAGAGUUUUUCGAAUUAGUUUCGUGUACUUGUUCUACUAAUGCACUGUUGUCCGUCUAUGAGUACUGUACGCACAAAAACAAAAAAAUGUCACUUAUAAUCGUCAUUCUAUUGGUGUACCCUUAUCGUUCUACUCGCGCGUCCAAAUGUCAUACUGUUGUUGAAAAAACACGAGUAAUAUAUAGUUGUUCUAGUGUGCAUAUUUGUCACACAGUUGUUGGAAAAAAAUGAGGCCCGGCAGAUUGAAAAUCGACCGAUUGGAUUAUGGCCUUCAAACAUCAGACAAAUGGUUGAUAUUUGCAGAUUAUUUUUACCUUUUGUAGCCGAAGCAUUUGCAGCAGUUGUACACAAGUAUCACUCAUUAUUUCACAUAAGUACACAAUGUUGUUGUACUUGUACCUGUUAUUGAUAAAUAUAUUCAAUGGCAGAAGUAAUAUUUGUUGACAAGGUCAUUUUAUGGACCUGUCAAACACAAACUGAAUUUUAAUUAUUUGCAAACAAUGCUUAAGCGAGUAAUGCAAGUUGUGCAAGGAAUCACCAUUGGAUGUCACAAUUGUACACAUAACCUAAACACACCGUUUGUUAAAAAAAAUUUAAAACAGUGCAACAAAAAUCUGAUUUAAAUUUGUGAAAUAUGGAACACGUUGAACGACUGGUAACACACACAUAAGACAAGGAUUCUACCACUUUGUAGUUCUACUAGUGUAAAAUAGACUGGAAUGGAAGGUAGUAGUGGAAACAUUUUACCAGUGCACCUCAAUAGUCAUUCUGCUCGCACACGAUAGUUGUUUACUUAUGACCAAGUCACUCAACCAGUGUGCAGAAUGUCACUCGCGUAAAAAAAAAAAAAAAACAUCUAAAGUAAGAAAAUCAUUCUGCUAGAGCGCCCGAGUUUUUGUACUUGUGUGUUGUGAACAUAUGAAUGAACUUGACCACUUCCGCCCUUGCUAGCAGGUUCUUGAGGCCACCGGUGGACGAGACUCAGUCAUGCUGUCCUUUUGAGGGUGGGCGGUGCUACCUGGCCCGUUGGUGUAAGGAGGAGGAGUCUUCAGCUGUUAGCCCCUCCCCUCAAAGUGAUAAGAGACACACAAGUGGGCGUGACUGCCGCCUCACUCCUCUUUCUCCCAUUCCUCCCUCCCCUCCCUCCCUCCCUCCCUCCUCCUCCUCCGCCACCAUGAUGUGGUCGCCUUGCUGGUGGAGAACGUGAGGAAGUCUGGAAGGCGACCCUGCUCAGCCGGGGGACUCGGACUUGUCCCUGCUGGACCCGAAAACCCUCGCGGAGUGCUGGCCCCCAGAUGGCUUGAUGCCUGAGAGCAGCUACUGGCAGCUCUGCCCUCCCUCUAAGUCCAGCCUGCAGGGGGGGUUGCUGAGCUCUAGUUUCCCCCCCGGCCCGGUCCCCCUGGUGCCACCCGAUGCCCACCUUCAGGAGGGGGGCGACCCCCUGGACGACCCUCCCUCUCAGCCGCAGCAACACCGGCUCCUCGCACCCAGCACUUCGGCGUCCGAGCUCUCCCUCCCGGGGGCGGCCGCCCCUCCCGGCCCGGCCCCGCCGCCCCCUCCUCCCCCGCCAUCCAAACGCCACUGCCGCUCUCUGUCGGUCCCGGAGGACCUGUCGCGCUGCCGCUACACGUGGCGGCCCAGCGCUUCGCGGGUCUGGACUCCCGUCAGUCGCCAGCAAUGCCACGGAGGAGUGGGCGGCGCCGGGGUCGCGGGCGCGGUGGCGGCGGCGGCGGCCGGCGCCUGCCCGCUGCGCGCCCCGAGCUCCUCUCUGAACUCAUCUCUGCACUCAUCAUCCAGCCCCACCUUCUUCAGCCUGGCACUUUCUCCCGACUCGCCGUUGCCCUGGAACUUCCCCUGGGAUCCCAGCGAGGCGGCGGCAGGGGGCGGGGCCUGUUGCUGUUUCUUCCCUUCGCCGUCCUCCUGCUCCUCGUCGCCUUCGCCUCUUCACCCGCCGCCGCCUCCCCAGCGCCGUUUCUCCCUCUCGCCCGUGCUCAUCAGAGACUCGGCGGCCGCCGCCUUCCUGCCGCCGCCUCCCGUUCCCAGCCAAGCGACGGCGCCUCCGCCGGGUUGCUGUGCGGCGGGCGGGGCGGCGGCGGCGGCGGGGGCCCCGGUGCCCGCCUCGCCCUCUUCGGCGUGCAGCACGCCUUCGUCCUUGCGCCGCAGCCUGCCGCCGCAGCUACCGCGGUGCCACUCGCAGCCCUGCGACCUUCUGCUGCUCAAGCCCGGGUUGAAGAGACGCCGCGACCCCGACCGACCCUGCGCCCGCCCCGUCCUCGACUUCACCAAGAUGACUCAGACCCGCAGCAUCGACCCGCAGUAUUUGGAGCGCGGCGGCAGGCUGGCCUGCGGCGGCGACCUCUUCAUCGGCAUGGAGUCGUUCUUGGGCGACUUCCGUGGCUCCUGCUCGCCGGCCGAGUGUCUGGGCAGGUCUAGCAUCGGCCCGCUGAGCGAGAGCGACGAGGAGUGCCGCGAGGACGACGGCGACGACGACGACGACGACGGCGAGGAAGACGAGGACGCCGAUGAGCGCGAGGCGGCGCAGCAACAGCAGCAGGCCGUUUUCGAGAGGGAUUGUACAGAACUGGACUUGAAUUUAAUCGAAGAAAACUGACGCGUUUGUAAAUGCGAAGGCCGACCACCUUUAUUUUGUUUUGAGAUUGGAUUGCUUUUAUUUCAAAUUAGAACAGUCCUGCCCACCGCGCCACCAAUCGGCGAGGCUCUCAGGAUCACCUCUCAUUGGACGAGCUGCGCUAAAUCAAAGCUGAUUGACGUCAACGGUGAUGAUUCCUAGUGAAGACCAAAUGGGGAGGGGGGGGGGGAGCGGUCAUUGGCGCUUAGGACGCCAGAUUUUGACCGCCCGGUGUGUCUUCUGCGUUCCCUCGUCUUCCGCAGCUGCCGAGAUCUCCUGACAGACCGCUCGCCGGGCACGCCGCCGCGUCCACCCGAAACAUCGCUGGGCCGCCAUCAUGCUCGCUACACACCGGAGGAGCAGCCGGUCAUUGUUCCGAAAGGCUCAGGUCAGACAAAUUAGAACUUUUUUUUUUUUGCUUUCACGCCGCGUUCCAGACUGCUAAGCAGUUAGGACAUUUCAUGUAGCACUUGAGUGAAGCGAUUAUUUAUAUUGUUAGUCAGGAGAUUAAAAAAAAAAAAAUGUCGCUCGCCAUGAUACAUCUUGUCACAUAAGUGAACAUCUGUGAUGUAGAAUUUUGGCUCCAGUUUCCCACGUUGCCCCUUUUUUUUUGCAAAAUGAGUUGCGCGAGUGAGUACCUGCUUAGCACACUUGGAGAAUCACCGGCCCGGUAAAUCUAUUGAGCACUUAAGAUGAGAAACAAUAUCAAAAUCGCAUAUUGCAUUGCACUGUACAUAAGCCAAAAGUCGCAAGUUUUCUACAAUGCAGCAUCUCAAAAUUACACUCGGUGGUCAUUACACCACGUUUGGAACUAGUUUAUCUGAACUGAGCCUCCAAAUAGUUCAUUCAUGGAAGAUGAACACAUUUUCCGCUCAUAAGUGUGUGUGUGUGUGUGGGAAGGACAUGGAGGCGGGCAAUCAGAUGUUGACCCAUAUACACAUGGCGAUGUGUUCAGGUGCGCCUGGAAUUCUGUGUUGCGUCAUCCUAUUCCUCCCAAGUAGCCACUGCUGCUGUGUACCCGAACGUUCAUACUUUCCUGUCACGUCACUGUGUAUGUAUGUGUGUGUGUGUGUGUUACAAAAAGGUUUAUCAACCAUUAUUAGACAACCGAAAGGACAAUCACAAUGAUUAAUUGUUGGGAUGAUCCAUUUGGACGACCUGAUUGGAGAGAAUACAUUAUUGUUCCAUGCGUGGCUUUUGAUUCUAAAUUUUCACAUCUCGGAAUGUAUUCGUAUCUUGUA